GAUUCCCAUCAGACAAAAGUAAUAGUGCAGUCAAAAUACAAACCAUGUCAACUUUAAGUCAACAACGUAAACUAGUUGAACAACUACGUCAAGAAGCAAAUUUAAAUCGUCGUCCUGUUUCUGAAUGUGUGCAAGAAAUGAUUGUGUUUAUGGAGCAGAAUCGAGAAAAAGAUUGUCUAGUUUCAGGAUUUGCGAGUAAGAAGGAUAAUCCAUUCCAAGAAAAAGGCGGAUGCGUGGUGAUUUAGGCAACUUGUUAAAUGGAUGAUAGAACAAACUUAGACUCAAUGUUCAAUUAUCCUUAUGCUCCUUACUUCUCUGCUUAUUUAACGAACAUUUCGUUUUUCCUGAAGAAUGUGGGGAAACUAGUUCAAUG